AUAAAUGGCGGUAUUUGUGAAGUUCUUAACUAACUAACAAGUGAACUAUAAUAUGAUCAGAAAGUCAUCAAACAUGAGUAAAAUGAUAGUGAUUUGGACCAUGAUGCUGGUGAUAUUGUGUGGUUCGCAGAUCAAAAUGGGAAAUGCAGGGCCAAGUGAAGCAGUUUGUAGACAAGAAAGGAGUGUUGGGAAGAAAGCAUGUUGGUCUGUUUUGUUUGGAAGAAAUCCAUCAGGAGGAUGCUGUGAAAGAGUAAGAGUGACACAAACUGAAUGCUUUUGCCCAAUUCUGACACCCAAAUUAGUUGCAAUACUAGGAGGUGCCAAUCGUGUCAUUCGACUUAUUAAACGCUGUGGAAGGACUGUUCCUCCAAACUUCAAGUGUGGAAGUGUUACCACUCGAGCUUCUGGGAUGCAUGUUUAAUCAAUUUAGUACAAUUUCCCUCCCUCCAAUUAAAUAAAUAAAAAUAAGACAACCCCUUCGAACCAGUUAACUAUGGUAUUAUUACUAUGCUGCUUAAUUAUGUAUUCAAUAAUAACUAAGACAAAGAUGUUAUUCAGCUUAUAUGCUAUCUUUUUGGAGUACGAUGGGAGUGGACCAUUUGGGGGUAAAGAUGGUAUUCAUGUUGUUGGUUCUAAGCACCUUGGUCCACCUCUUUUGUAUCUGUAAAAAUGUGCUGCUUAAUUUCUUUUAUCUAUAGUUUUAAGUAUAA